AUGCAGUCCUAUAUUGCAAAUCACAAGCGGAUUUUCCUAAAGGCUUCUGGUCAUCCCUUAUAUGUCGGUUCUGCUAAUGGAAAAGGCGUUGAUCCGCAAGUUUGGAAGGUAUCAUUGCAUUUGAAUCGAUUCCUUGACAAGUUGAUCACUUUGUCCUCAAUACGUUCGGAAGCUCUGUAUUCAAAACUGCGUAUUCUACUAGCUCAGGGAGAAGCUACGAGACUUUCAAAGACAGCAAUGAAUGAGUUGGACGUUUCCUUGAAGUGCAACACAAUAUGGGAAAACGACUCUGUCGCUUAUAGAUGUAAUACCUGCGCCCUAACUCCUUGUAUGUCUUUGUGUGCAUCAUGUUUCCAAGCUGCAAAUCACGAGGGUCACGAUUUCACUAGGUUUUUCUCGCGAGAAGGAGGAGCUUGUGAUUGUGGCAACUCCGAUGUGAUCAGACCCAUGGGGUUCUGCCCUCGUCAUGGUGAGAAUGCUGUUCGGCCGCCUUCGCCGUCUCCACUUAUUGUUUCUCUUCCUCGUCAUAUUUUCGUGAAACUAGUCGUAUGCCUUUUCUUGGAAUGGAGAGGAUUUAUCGAUCGAUACUCACAAGAGCAGGAAUCACAGGGUUGGGAAGAACCGUAUAAUGUGGCUAGCUUUUGUGAUACCCUCGUCUCACCUGUCACUCCA